UUUUAUCGUUAAACUUUUUUACUAUGACUAGUGAACUUAGCGAGGAUAGUAGUUUUUAUGAUAUCAAAUUCCCAAGAUCUCUUACUACGUCUGUGAGAAAAUAAGGUUAGGAAGACUAUUUUUUUGAAUUAAAGGAGAAGCAAAAGCAAAUAGAGGAUUUAACUUAUUAGGUUAAAUUGAUGGCAGCCAAUAAUCAAACUCUGAAUCUCCAGAAUUAGAUGCAGAAAAGUGAAAUCGAAAGAUUACUAAGAUUUAUCAAUGAGUAAUAAAAUGAAAUGAAAAAAAUGGCUUAAAGAGAUAAUAAAAAACAAAUCAAUACUAGAUCAAUUAAAAUGCAACUAAUUAAUAAAAUGUGUCAAUGGGCCCAACAAUUCCCAUUGGAUUAAUAGAUUUAAUUUGAAUAAAUAGUUUAAAUGAUUAUAUGA